AUGUGCUCUGACCACUGCCCUCACGCUGACAGCAAUAACAAGUCUGCAUCUCGUUCAACACCUCAGUCGCAUGCUGUCCCAACAGAAAAGUCCGCUACUGGGCAAGCUCUCGUCGCUGUAGCUGGUGGCGACGCCCUCGAACGCCCGCAGAUCUACCGCGCGGACUUCGACUUCUCGAGUGCUAUGCAGCACGCCGUUUCCUCAGCCCGUAUCCGGCUAGAUUCUUUAACGAAUCAGGUCGAGUCCACUUGCGGAACACCGUCGGAUCUGUCUUCUGCGUCGGGUGCAGAUUCUCCAGGCUGCGGCAGCACGAACUCAUGCCCCGACGCGGAGGAGCUUGCACGGCGGCUACAAGCCAUCCCUACCUCAGACGACUCCGUGACCAGUGCUUCGGCUCUCGAGGACCGCUCAGAGGUUUCGACUACAGCACCGAACCACCCCGGUCGAAGGUCCGCUCGUGGCGACUUGAGCGGAUCUGCCGCGAUACAGCAGCCCCAUUCCGAGCCGGCCGGACAGCAAGGCUGCCCCAUUGCUACUGCCUCGAGCCUGGGCAAGCGCCGACGUAGCUCGAGCCCUGUUGAGGGUCAGCCGCCACCCAAGCUGUCCAAAAACGCAAAGAAGAAGGCCCUGCGCUUAGCAAAAGCGGACGGCGACCUUGAUGUGAAGCUUCUGCGUGCUCGCAAGACUCGAGCACCAGGCGUCCAGUCGGGCUCACACCGUCGCCGCUGUGAGCAGCGCCGCGAUGCGCGCUCUCGGCCUGAGGUGGCGCCUUGGUCUCCGAAGGCGCGGAGCUCAUACUACGAACGCGACCGCCCAUUUCGCAUAGCCCCUUUGGAUGAGAGCAAGGUCGAGCUCUCGGUAUCCUCCUCGCAUGGCGCGUACGUGGGCGGCUACGGCGAUGACUCGGGGCGCGGGUGUGCAGUCAGCGAAGAGCGGGCAAAGCUAAUGGGGUUGGAGGAGGUUGAAUGGGAUGCGACACAGCCUCUUCUUAUCUUGGACAAGAACGAGGUCAUCAACGUUGCCUUUGUUCCACCGCCAAAGCUUGACGCGCCGCGCCAGGGUGAGGCUCACGGGCAUGAGCUCGAGUGCGGCCCUUCGGAUGGGGGCCCCGUCUCAUAUCAGGAGGCGUGCGACGAGGUAUUCGCACUGUUUGGUAAGGCAAAAGGCCUCAAGAUCCCGCCUAAAGCGAAGGAGGGACGGCGUGGAAAGUUCAUCGCAUUGAACUUCGGCCUUCAGUCCGGUAUGGGGCAGGCGCGUUUGAACUUUGGCUACGAAGCUCCGGAGGGCAACGAGGACUACAUUCAAGAGCUCAAGGACAGCCCGCACCUCCAGCGUCUCGCAACUUGGCAAAGCGAAAUAUUUGCAUACUGGGCGCCGCGAGCCCACCGUCACGUUCGGCGCCAGCUGAAGACGCUGCACGAGAAGACCGGGCUGCGCCCACCUUUCCCUCGCUCCGUCUAUCCCACUGCAUGUGCGAACUGCGGGCCAUGCACUGUCUGCAAGGCGCAUCGGGACAAGACGAACUACCCCAGCUGCCCGUGCUGUGUGACAGCGCUCGGCAAGUUCGAUCCUAAGAAAGGAGGGCAUAUGGCGCUUCCCGACCUCGGGAUCUACGUCCGCUUCCCACCGGGAGCUUCAUGUCUGCUGUCCUCUGCGGCAAUGACUCAUGGAAACCUGAGCAUUCAGCCAGGCGAAACGCGCUCAUCGUUCACGCAGUACUGUGUAGGCGGCCUCAUGCGCGCAAUUGCGUACGAUAUGAGGCUUGCCAAACACCUCUCGGACGAGGAGCGCGCGCUUAUGGAUGAGGCUGCAGGUGAGGGAUGGGACGCUCAAUACGCAAGGUUCUCCAAGGUUUGGGAGGUGGAUGAAGAUAGGGCUUGGGUUAGAGAGCAGGACAGAUUGGAGCUUCUGGCUGAGGAGGCUGCAGCAGGGUAG